GGAAGUGCGCAGGCUCGCUGUAAACCAGCUCUGGUUGUAGUGCGCGCACACAUGUUAGCUAGCAACACGAGCUAACAACGUAUUAAUGACGUUUUAGCGGGUAAACAAGGUUGUGUGGCGUUAGCUAGUGAAGACGUUAUGGAGAAGGACGCUCGGGUGAAGAAGACUGCAGCUCCGUCUGUGUCUCAGAUUAACGCAGAAUAUGUGACUCAGCUCUCAGUUAAAUAUUGGGCUCCUCAUGCCAAGAAUAAGCUGCCGUUUGACUGUAAGGUCAUUGAAGAUGUCUAUCAGAAUGAAAUUUUCAAAUCAAAAUUUGCAAUCCGAAAAAUCAUGUUGUUGGAAUUUAGCCAGUACCUUGAGAAUUACUUGUGGGUUAACUACAGCCCUGAGGUGUCCAGUAACGGCUAUCUGAUGUCCAUUUGCUGUAUGGUUAAUGAGAAGUUCAGAGAGAAUGUUCCAGCUUGGGAGGUCUUUAAGAAAAAUCCCAGUCACUUCCCUUACUUCUUUAAGUGCGUAAUGGACGCCUGUCUAACCGGAGAGGAGCUUGGACUGUCGCUGCGGGAACAGACAGUUCUGCUUGUCUUCCUGGAUCACUGUUUCAACAGCCUGGAGGUGGAUCUUAUCCGAGAGCAGGUCCAGCAGCUGAUCUCUUUGCCGAUGUGGAUGUGCCUCCUGCCGUCCAGACUCCAACAUGAGCUGAAAAAAGUCCCCAAGUUGCAGAAGUUCUGGAACCUCAUAAAAAAGAAUUAUGAGAAGAUGGAGCCAAAGAGUGCUGAGCAAGCCAAAAUGGAAAGAACAUUCCUCUGUGCACUCAUUAAGAAGUUCCUCGUUGUUUUGAUGUCCAUCCCACCAUCGGGCUCUGUUGACAUGGAAAAGGUGCACUACUGCGAGAGAUUCAUAGAGCUCAUGAUUGACCUGGAGGCUCUUCUCCCAACCCGCCGCUGGUUCAACACUGUGCUGGAUGACGCUCACCUGGUGGUCAACUGCCACCUGUCCAGUCUCACACAGAGAGAGAAGGAGGGUCACCUCUUCUGCCAGCUGCUGGACAUGUUGAAGUUCUACACUGGCUUUGAGAUCAAUGAUCAAACUGGAAAUGCCCUUACAGAAAAAGAGAUGACCAAUAUCCAUUAUGAUAGGAUUACUUCUCUACAGAGAGCAGCGUUUGCACACUUUCCUGAACUCCAGGACUUUGCUCUUUCUAAUGUAGCAGCAGUGGAUACUCGACAGUCCCUCACCAAACAUUUUGGUCAUCUCAGUCCCAAUACCCUCCACAGAGUGGCAUCAUACCUGUGCCUUUUGCCGGAGCUUCCAGAAGAACAGGAUACCUCCUACGACAAAGAGUUACUACUGGAGCUUCUGGUGUCUCGCCAUGAGCGGAGAAUCUCCCAGAUUGAGCAACUUAACCAGAUGCCUCUUUAUCCAACUGAGAAGAUUAUCUGGGAUGAGAACAUCGUCCCCACUGAGUACUACUCAGGCGAAGGUUGUUUAGCACUCCCAAAGCUGAAUCUGCAGUUCCUGACCCUUCACGAUUACCUGUUGAGAAACUUCAAUCUUUUUCGCCUGGAGUCUACUUAUGAGAUCAGACAGGACAUAGAAGAUAUAGUGUUCCGAAUGAAGCCAUGGCAAUCAGAGUAUGGCGGGGCCGUGUUCGGUGGAUGGGCCAGGAUGGCACAGACUAUUGUGUCCUUUUCCAUUGUGGAAGUGGCCAAGCCUAACAUUGGGGAAAACUGGCCUGCUCGAGUCCGUGCUGAUGUUACUGUGAACCUCAAUGUACAAGAACACAUCAAAAAUGAGUGGGAAGGUCUGCGGAAGCACGACGUUUGCUUUCUAAUCACUGUGCGGCCCAACCUGCCCUACGGCACACGCUUUGACCGAAGGCAGCCCUUUGUGGAGCAAACAGGCCUGGUGUAUGUGAGGGGCUGCGAGGUGCAAGGCAUGCUGGAUGAUAAGGGCCGGGUCAUUGAGGAAGGUCCUGAUCCAAAGCCAAAGCUGAGAGGGGACACAAGAACUUUCCGGGUGUGGCUGGACCCCAAUCAGUACCAGCAGGACAUGACCAGCUUGAUCCAGACUGGUGCAGAAGACCCCUAUGAAACCUUCAACGUCAUAAUGAGACGCAAGCCCAAAGAGAACAACUUCAAGGCUGUUCUGGAGACCAUUCGUAAUUUGAUGAACACUGAGUGUGUUGUCCCCGAUUGGCUGCAUGACAUCAUUCUGGGAUAUGGUGAUCCGGGGAGUGCCCAUUACUCCAAGAUGCCCAAUCAGAUCUCAUCUCUGGACUUCAAUGAUACCUUCCUGUCCAUUGAUCACCUUAAGUCCUGUUUUCCAGGUUGCACAGUGAAGGUCACUGAGGAAGACCCAGCUCGACAGGUCCCUCCAUUCAGAAUAAAUUUUCCUGUCAGGAAUACCAAAGGGAAGAAACGAAAAGCAGAUGAAGAAGAGGAGCCAAAAGAGGAAGAUCUUACACUUAUGGUGGAGCCUCAUGUGAUUCCUAACAGAGGACCCUACCCCUACAACCAGCCCAAACGGAACACCAUUGAGUUUACCCCGACCCAGAUUGAGGCUAUUCGAGCGGGCAUGCAGCCUGGUCUCACCAUGGUCGUGGGCCCCCCAGGUACAGGCAAGACUGACGUCGCUGUGCAGAUCAUCUCCAACCUGUACCACAACUUCCCAGAGCAGAGGACUCUCAUUGUGACUCAUUCCAAUCAGGCUCUGAACCAACUGUUUGAAAAGAUUAUGGCUCUAGACAUUGAUGAGCGGCACCUGCUGCGUCUGGGGCAUGGUGAGGAGGAGCUAGAGACUGAGAAGGACUUCAGCAGGUACGGGAGAGUGAACUAUGUCCUGGCCCGAAGGCUGGAGCUGCUCAGAGAGGUGGCUCGCCUGCAAGAGAGCCUGGACGUCCCAGGAGACGUGUCCUACACUUGUGAAACCGCUGGCCACUUCUAUCUCUAUCAGGUGAUUUCUCGCUGGGAGGAGUAUAUGAGUAAGGUCAAGCCCAAACCUGGCCGGGAGGUGAACCCACAGGAUGUGGCCACACACUUUCCUUUCCAUAAGUACUUUUCCAACGCUCCCCAGCCUGUUUUUAAAGGCCAGACCUAUGAGGAGGACAUGGAUAUUGCAGAGGGUUGCUUCCGCCACAUCCGUAAGAUCUUCACCCAGCUGGAAGAGUUCAGAGCUUUUGAACUGCUGCGCAGUGGUCUGGACAGAUCCAAGUAUUUGCUGGUAAAAGAAGCAAAGAUCAUUGCCAUGACCUGCACACACGCUGCUCUUAAACGCCACGACCUUGUGGAGCUUGGCUUCAAGUAUGACAACAUUCUGAUGGAAGAAGCAGCUCAGAUCCUGGAGAUCGAAACUUUCAUCCCUCUCCUACUACAGAACCCUGAGGAUGGCUAUAGUCGGCUAAAACGCUGGAUCAUGAUUGGUGAUCACCACCAGCUUCCUCCCGUUAUUAAGAACAUGGCUUUCCAGAAGUACUCUAAUAUGGAACAGUCUCUCUUCACCCGCUUUGUGCGUCUGGGAGUGCCAACUGUGGAUUUGGAUGCUCAGGGCAGAGCCAGGGCCAGCCUGUGUAAUCUGUAUAACUGGCGCUACAAGCAGCUGGGAAAUCUCCCUCACGUUCAACGUCAAACAGAGUUCCAGGCUCCCAACCCAGGCCUGGCCUAUGACUUCCAGCUCAUCAAUGUGGAGGACUUCAAUGGUGUUGGGGAGUCUGAACCUAACCCCUACUUCUACCAGAACCUGGCUGAGGCAGAGUACUCUGUGGCUCUGUUCAUGUACAUGAGGCUGUUGGGUUAUCCAGCCGAGCGUAUCAGUAUCCUCACCACCUACAACGGCCAGAAGCACUUAAUCCGAGAUGUCAUCAACCAGCGCUGUGCCAACAACCCAUUCUUCGGCCAGCCCAGCAAAGUGACAACAGUGGACAGGUUCCAGGGUCAGCAGAAUGACUACAUCAUCCUCUCUCUGGUCCGCACCAAAGCCGUGGGACACUUGAGAGAUGUACGUCGUUUGGUGGUAGCGAUGUCCAGAGCUCGACUUGGGCUGUACAUCUUUGCUCGGGUCUCCUUGUUCCAGAACUGCUUUGAGCUGACCCCCGCCUUCAACCAGCUGACCGCACGACCCCUGCAACUGCACAUUCGGCCUCACGAGUACUACACAUCGACUGAACCACGCUCAGCCCGGCCUGAUCAAGUAAUAAAGAACAUGCCUGAGAUGGCCAACCUGGUCUACAAUACGUAUAUGCACAUGCUGCAGAGCACCCAGCAGUACCGACAGCAGCAGCAGCAACAGAAGCUUCUUCCACCUCCUCGGCAGGUAAUUGCAGAGGAGAAACCUGAUGUGAACAUGGAGGAAGAGGGUGAGGAGAACACUCCGGCUGCUGAGGAAAAAGCCAAGAGUGAAAGUAAGGAAGUGGAGGAGUCAGGAUCUCAGACAAAGAUGGAGGAGGAGUCAAAAUCUCAGAAGAAGACUGAGGAGGAGUCUCAGACAGUGGAACAUGCUAAAAUGCCUGAACACCCCGGUAGAGACAGUGACAGCGGGGACAGUGAGGAGGAGCCGUGAAGAAAAUACUUACCCAUGGCUUCCAGUGGUCACCAUUUUUAUCUAUGAGGGUCAGUAAAUGCUGCAGGGAAGACAUGUAAUUUUACUUGUUUAAAUAAUAGAUCUCCUAAUUUAAUAUUGGCUGAUUGUACAUGGACAUGCAUCAUAGGCCAGCAGUAUGCAAACUGUUCAGUGUUAUACAGGAGAUUUAAGGUGUGAGGUUUAGCACUAGCUAGCACACUCAUGACAUGGUAAAUGAUCAGAGAUGAAGUGAGGCCUGAUAGUGAAUGCCAGACAUGUAGAUUGAGUUGUGGACAUUUAAUGUUUUCUACUCUACAGUGACAUGUACUGACAAAGCCCUUAUUACCCAGAAUGAAUUGUAAUGUGCAGUUCAGUGGGUGGCAGUGAUCUUGAGCAGCAGAGUCUGGCUGGAAUUAGACUGAACAGGCUCUGGCAGAAAGCACAUUCAUUACAGGAAGGGCCAUAUGUAAAACCGGCAGUCACACUGAUAUUUGUGGAGAAGAUUGGUGACCCUGAUUUACCACACUUUUUCUUUCUUGUUAAUCUUUUUUUAAACUGCUGAGAAAAUAAUGUAACAGACCUUUUUGUUUGCAUUUUGUAAUAAAAACGCUAUUGUUAAACCUUG